AUAAUAGCCUUACCCUUUCCUCUUCCUUCUCUUGCAAUUUUUCUAAGCUUUUAUUGUCAUCUCUUCGUCCAUUACUUUCUUUUCUUUUCAACCAUACAAAACAGAGCACCAUAUCCACCAUAACCAUCUUUGUCCAAAUGGUUUCUACUUCAUCUUUCACCUUACCCUCUACGACCAUCUUUGAUGUUUUCCUUAGCUUUAGAGGUCCUGAUACCCGAGAAAAUUUUACCAGCCAUCUUUAUAAAGCUUUGGUUUAUGAAAAUAUCAACAAUUUCAUGGACAAAGAUCUUGAAAGAGGAAAAGAGAUAGAACCAUCCCUCUUAAAAGCGAUCGAAGAAUCUGAAAUUUCAGUGAUUGUUUUCUCAAAAGGUUAUGCUUCUUCUCCAUGGUGUUUGGAUGAACUCGUGAAGAUUCUUGAGUGCAGGAAAACAAUGGGGCGGUUAGUUUUGCCCAUUUUCUACCGAGUUGAUCCAUCUGAUAUUGAAGCACAGACUGGGAUCUUCGGAGAUGGAUUUCGGGUGAAUGAAGAACAGCACAAAGAGAGCAUGUACAAGGUGCAUAGGUGGAGAAGUGCUUUGAAAGAGGCAGCCUCGAUUUCCGGGUGGGAUUCGAUGGAAUACAGGCCUGAAUCCACGUUAGUUGAGGUAGUUGCUAAAGCUGUUAAAGAAAAUUUAAGCAGAUUGUCCCACAUGUCCUCAGUUGAUUCCGACGGCUUUGUUGGAAUUGAAUCAUCCAUUGAACAAAUUCAGUCUCUAUUAUGCACUGAAUCAGAAGAAGUUCGCUUUGUAGGAAUUUGGGGGAUGGGAGGCAUUGGCAAAUCAACCUGUGCUGAAAUUUUAUACCAUCGCAUCUCCUAUAAAUUUAAUGGUUGUUGCUUUCUUGCGAAUGUUAGAGAAACGUUAAGGAAAGCUGAUUCAAUCUCUUUGCUGAAGACCAUCCUUUCUAAAGUUCUAGAGGAUCGAGAUAUAGAUAUUGAAACUCCCAGUGUAUUACCUGCUUCAAUUGUGCACAAGCUUCGAAGGAAGAAGGUUCUGAUAGUUCUUGAUGACGUCAAUGAGGACAGCCUUGUUGUUAAUGGGAAUUGGUUUGGUCCUGGAAGUAGGAUCAUCAUGACAAGCAGAGAUCUGCAAGUGUUUAAGACCAAAGUUGAUGAACGAUAUAUACAUGAGGUUCUACAAUUAUCUCACUAUGAUGCUCUUCAGUUACUCAGUUUGAAUGCUUUCAAGCAAAAACUUCCCCCUUUAGAUUAUAUGGAAUUGUCUGAAAGGGUGCUACAAUAUGCUCAAGGUCUUCCAUUAGCGCUCAAAGUUUUAGGUUCUCAUCUAUAUAAAAGGUCUCAGAAAGAAUGGAAAAGUGCAUUGAAUAAACUAAAACAAUUUCCUGACUCAAAUAUUCAGAAAAUAUUGAAAAUAAGCUAUGAUGAAUUGGAAAAAAGUGAGAAGGAUAUAUUUCUAGAUAUUGCAUGUUUCUUAAAAGGUAAAAACAAAGAUCAGGUGGAAAAUUUUUUAGUUGAUUGUUAUGAUCUUGCUGUAAAUUGGGGAAUUAUUCGUUUGGCAGAUAAGUGUCUGAUAACCAUUGUGCAUAAUAAACUAGAAAUGCAUGAUUUGAUACAAGAAAUGGGUCGAAAUAUUGCUCGACAAGAAGGUAGCAGAUUACUGAAUGCUAAAGACAUUGGGCAUUUGUUGACGACAAAUAAGGGAAAGAGCAGAGUCAAAGGCAUAUCUUUUAAUAUUUCUAAAAUGGGAAAGAUGCACUUAGAUCAGGCAGCCUUCUCAGGAAUGGACAAUUUAAAAUACCUCAAAGUUUACAGGUCUUGGGGUAAUUAUGAGGACGCAUACUUCAUACUUGACUCAAAUUAUCUGCGGUAUCUUCCAAACGAGUUGAGGUUACUUUAUUGGGAAGAAUAUCCUUGCGAGCUUUUGCCAUCAACCUAUGUCGCGGAGAACCUUGUUGAGCUUAAUUUGCCGAGUAGUAAAAUUAAACGGCUUUGGAGUGGAGAUCAGUUCCCUAAAAAGUUGAAAUAUCUCGAUCUUUUUAGAUGUGAACAAUUGAUUGAACUCCCAAAUCUAUCAUCGGCUACAAAUAUCAAGAGCAUAAAUCUUGUAAGCUGUAAGAGUUUGAUUGAGAUUCCCCUGUCGAUUCAGCAUGCCCGCAGUCUCACUUCUCUCGAUCUUGAUGGCUGUAAAAAUCUGAAGAGUGUUCCAAGCCUCACUCAACUAGAAUAUCUUGAGUAUCUUAGUCUCUGUUGGUGCUCAAAUUUAAAAAAGGUUCCAGAGAUUCCAAGGGGCAUGAAAGAGGUAUACUUAAAUGAGUCUGGAAUAGAAGAAUUGCCCUCAUCAAUGGAAUGUCUCUAUUCUCUUGUUCAGUUGGGCGUGGGGGAAUGUGACCGGCUAAAGAGCCUCCCAGGCAGCAUUCGUGAGUUGAAAUGCCUUCGAUGGCUUGACCUUAGUGGCUGCUUUGAACUUGUGGAAAUUCCCGAUGACCUUGUCUUUUUAUCAUCAUUAGAAAAGUUGAAUCUAGACAACUGCAAAAGACUUCAAGGUUUGCCUGAGCUUCCAUGUCGAUUAGAGACGCUCCGAGCAGGAAAUUGUACAUUGAUGAAAACAACAGCAUCAACUUCAUAUAUUAAUAUACCCAAAGAUUCAGGGAGAAAAAACUAUGAAUUCAACUAUAGUAAUUGCGUAAAUUUGGACCAGAAUGCAAGUUGCAACAUUAUAGGAGAUGCACGACUAAGGAUUGAACAAAUUGCCACUACUUUCAAGGAGAGGGCGGAACAUUUUUGUAAUGGAGUUGAAUUUUUUGUUGGUUUACCAGGAAGAGAAAUUCCAAAGUGGUUCAGCUGUGAAAGCCCAGGAUCUUCAAUAGACACCACGUUCCCUUUUGGUUGCUUUAAUGCCAUGUUCCUGGGAUUUGCCUUUUCUGCUGUUCUGAGUUUCGAGGUUCCUGUUAUCGUUACAAAGAUAUUAUUGAAUUGUAAAUGCAAUUUCAAAAAUGUUAAAGGUGGCGACAGGGAUUUCUCCAUUAUUGAAUAUUUGCCUCCCGUGACCGUCCUUGAAUCAGAUCACCUGUUCCUUUGGUACAAUCACUACCCCUGUUCAGAUGAUCUAUAUAAUGAGCUUGUACAAAACUGUUACAAUGUCAACGAGGCCUCAUUUACGUUCACAGCAGAGUUGUUGAACUACAAUUUUGAUCUGCUCGAGUGCGAGAAAUACAAAUUAAAGAUGAAAAGUUGUGGAGUCAAGCUGAUAUAUGCCAAAGGAACUGAACAAAUGCAAUCCUAGCAGAUUCCAAACAAAUCUCUGCUUGCAGUGUGGAGCAACCAAUCCAAACUUUGAAGAAUCAGAGUUUGAAACCAACUGUUUUGCUGAUGGCAAAUCUGAUUACGAGGAAAAGGAACCACUUUCUUAAUGUUUACUCUUCAAAUGCUGAAGAUGGUUGUGACUGCGACGAAACUAUGCUUCCUUUCUGCCACUACUUGUGGACAACCUGAGUUUGAAUGCUUAAUGGAUUCCAGCUCUCUUGUCGUUGAUUCAUUUUUAUCCAUUUCGAAGGCAACACCAAACUGUCAGUCAACUCCCAGAUUUUUUUUAAUAUAUACUGAAUUUUUUUAGCAA